UUUUGAGGCUAUAAGUCAUAACCUUAAAAUUUGACAGAUAUCAGAUUUUAUUGAGGAUUUUAUUAAUUAAUUAAUUAACAAAUUCCUAAACAACUGAAUUAUGGCAAACACAACACGAGAGUGUGGAUGUAAGGGAUACCGUACUUGUUUAAUUUGUGAGAAGAAAUUCGGAAUUCAAAGACAAAGUGUUGCUAUAAACGUAGAAAACUCCUAUGUUUACUGCUUAUAUUGCAACAAAGCUUACCAUGGCUGGGAUAUGAAUAUUUAUAAAAAACAUCCCGAUCAUGGAAAUGAUGGAAUAAAUUAUCCUGGUGUGUUUAUUCUCGAAAAUUUUCUUAGUGAAAAGGAAGAAGAUUAUCUUCUAACAAAUAUUGAUAUGGUUGCUUGGGAUCCAUCACAAAGUGGAAGACGUAAGCAAAAUUAUGGACCAAAAUGCAAUUUCAAGAAGAGAAAGAUUAAACUUGGAGAUUUCAAUGGUUUUCCUUCAUUUUCCAAAUUCGUACAAGAGAAAUUCAAAAAUGUUCCAAUUUUACAGAAUUUUCAUACAAUUGAGCAGUGCUCUCUAGAAUAUAACGCAGAAACUGGAGCUUCUAUAGAUCCACAUAUUGAUGAUUCUUGGAUUUGGGGGGAACGGAUAGUAACAGUUAAUUUAUUAAGUGAUUCAGUAUUAACAAUGACUAUCAAUAAAAAAUGUGAUCGUUACAACUUGAACUGUGUGAAAGAUUAUACAUCAGUAGUGGAUCAAAUUCUUGGGUCAAACAAAACUUUUGAAAUUAAAAAUUAUCAAGAUGAUAUUGACUAUCCUAUCAUCAGAAUUCCUAUGCCAAGAAGAUCCCUGUUGGUUAUGUUUGGAUCAGCUAGAUAUGAGUGGGAACAUCAGAUAUUUCGCGAUGAUAUUGCAGGUCGUAGAGUUUGUUUGGCUUAUAGGGAGUUCACACCAACAUUUCUUGAUGGGGGGAAAGAUUAUCAUAUUGGAAAAGAAAUUCUUGAGAAGGCUCAAAAAUUUUUCUGAUGUAACUAAAAUUGUUUUGUAUAUAAUAAAUAUAAUGUUACCAACUAA